GAUACAGAGGUCAACAGAAGAGGAUUUACUGCCUGUCAGUUUUAAAACAAGGAGAAGUAAAUGUUAAAUGUAUUCUCUAUAAUGUGCUUAAUCAUGGCCGCACUGUUGGCCCUCCUGUUUCUGAUCUCCACUUCAGACGCCAAUCCUUCCCAAGCCUGCCCCACAUCUUGCCUUUGCUAUGACUCUUCUAAUCUAGUGGAGUGUAGGGAACUGGAGCUCCUCACAGUACCUCCCCACCUUCCUCACAGUACAUGGAUGCUUGACCUUCGUCACAACAACCUUAGCCGCCUUGAUCCUACCUCAUUCCAAGCCUUGUGGUCACUUCGCAUACUUCUCCUGUCAGACAACAAUAUUGAGGUUGUGUCAGCAAGAGCUUUCCGGUCUCUUAGCUUCCUGGAGCGCUUGGAUCUAUCUAGAAACUUCCUCCAUAGUCUGCCUCUUGACUUCUCCAAGGGCCUGGGCUCUUUGAGAGAACUGCGGGUCCCUUCUAACAGGUUGACAUCCCUUAACUAUGAAAGUCUCAGACACUUGGAAAGUCUAGAGAAAUUGGACCUGAGUAGAAAUUUUUUAAGUUUUAUAGAGCAGGGGGCCUUUCGUGGACUCUCCAGACUCCGUCAUCUUCACCUCCAGUCCAACCUGCUAGAUUCUGUAAAAGGUGGUUAUUUUUUCAUGCUACAGAACUUAGAACUCCUGGAUCUGUCUGAUAACAAUAUCAGUAGCAUAGCAGUGGAGUCCUUCACCUCUCUGCAUUCAAUUCGACUCCUGGCUCUCUCAGAAAACCAACUAAGUCACCUCAAAUUCAAGACAUUCCUCAACCUCCAGACCCCCAGUACACACAUCCAAGUAUCCGGUAACCCAUGGGUGUGUGACUGUGAUUUACAGAGAGUGUUUGGUAAGAUCACUAGUGUGAGGCAUCUUCACAUAGAUGACUAUGAUAACCUUACUUGCGCAGGACCACCACAGCUCUCUGGUGCAGCCUUGGUAUCAGUGGACAACCAGUUGUGUGUUGCAGAAACUGCCACUGUCUUGGUGAUUACAAUCACUGUUCUAGUCACUGUCAUUGCUGCCAUUGUAAUGGCUGAAAGGAACCGCAAGAAAAGUCAAGAGAAAAACUGGAAUGAACCAGAUGGUCCAUUUGAAACACAGGACAAAUGAAGAACAUAAUUUAAAACAUAACUCACAUCUCUUUUAUAAAUUCAUACAUUCAAGAGGAGAAAUGCAAUAGAUGAAUUACUGUCGUGUAUGUCCAGGGUUGGACUGGCCCACAGGAGUAUGGGGAAAAAACCCCAGUGGGUCCUUCUGCCUGGGGCCCACCCUCUCCUCUAUGGAUCAGGUUCCAGAAUGUGCAGUUGAAUUAAACAUUAUGCAUAUGUUACAUUAUACUGCACAGGACUGUGAUGUAUUCUCUACAGCGCAUUGCUGUUAUUAAUCUGGUACAUUAUGAUGAUGCACUAGCAGUAAUUACUAUAUCUAUUAUAAUUAAUCAAGGGAUAAAGACCAUGAACUAACGGUUAGCUAAGUCUCUAAGCAUGGGCCAGUUGGAAAUUUUUAAAAGCUGGUGUGACAUUUGUACUUGUCAGUAGGAGAAUCAAACUGACUCUCUCCAUUAUACAUUACAGCAAACCAGACCUGCUACAUUCUGGAACUUGACUGUUAUGGCUUAUUCUGUCACUGUAUUUUAUCACGCUGCACGUUACUAACUUCUCUAUAAUAGGACAAGGAUUAAGGUGUGGGAAAAUCACUCCAAAAUACUACUGUUCACACAGGUGGUCUGAUUCUGAGUCAUAUACAAAAAUGUGUGCAGAAGCGACUAUUGACAGACGCUCAUCUACGACUUUAGGCAAAUGGCCUGCAAACUCCUUCCCUUAUGUACAUCGGUGCAGCCAAAUGUGCAAGGUCUAAGACACCAACUUUUAGCACCUGUGCAUGCUGUAAUAGCGAUUGGUGUGUCCUUCUAUGCUACCAUCGGUGGCACAAAUGACACUUGCAUCAGCCCUAUGGUCCCCAAUGUGAGUGGAUGAGCAUGUGGGAAGGCAGCUACUUGCAUUGACACGCUCAUGACACUCCCAUAAUACGCACACUGAACAGCCCACUUCUGUGUGCACUAGUAGCCACCUCCCAGUCACCGACCAUCACAUUUCAGUCAGAAAUCUGUUACCUUCUGAAUCGAUUGCAACAGCACCAUUGUGCAUACACUCUGUAUAACUCAUGUGCCAUACAAGCUUUUAGACAUUUCCAUUUCAUGUGCAGUUUCAAAUAAUUGCUCAGUUAUGUGAACAUUGGCAUUGUGUGUGGAAUGCGUACGACUCAGAAUCAGGUGAAGGCAUUUGUGCACAUCUCUGAAUCAGGCUCAUUGUACGUGUUUUUAGUCUGUUUGUAUGAAUUAAGUACUUCCACUAUUGUGUGCCCUGAUUAAAUGACUGUACUAACAGAUUCAACUUACUCAGGAGGAAAAUUGAGGAAUGGGAGCUGCACUAUAUUACUAAAGGUCUUAUGCUCAUAACAGAGGACUUACAGUACAAUGUAUUGCAAUGUGUGCAAAUUAUAUAUAUUUGAAAAAAAUAGAUAAAAUAAAGCAUACAAUUAAAUCCAAGAGAUGGAAUGUCCCACAUCAAUCAAUCCACAACGCGUUUCACUGGAGUGUCCGCUUCUUCAGAUAGGGAGAAUAGGAGAAUUAAAGAAUUAAAAAUAUAUACACAAAAGGUACUAAGUGCACUUUCAAAGUUACUGGUAAAGGGGUUGUCAAUCCCCAAAGGAAACUCACUAGCAGAAAGGUAUAUAAAUAAAACCAGAGCUAAAAUAGAAGUUAGUCAAUUAAUAAUAAAGAAUUAACUCAUGACAACUACUGUAUUGUUGAAACAAUUUUAAUAGAGGAAUUUGUUUUUGAACCACAGAAUGGACAUUUUUUGUUUUUAUAAUAUAUAUUUUAUAUUGUGAAGUGAUAAAUGGGAGAUAUGUUUGCCCCAGGUUUCUGGUCUAUGUAUGU